GUCGCACAGUGCGCACUUUUCCUCUCGCUCUUUUCUCUCACAGUCUCUCUACCCAUCCAUUCUCCAUCCUGCGUUUCCUCCUGCAAGCAUGCUGUGAAUCUUCAUCUAUACUUCGUGCCCAAACCGAGAGCUUAAAGGACUUUUUUUUGUCUUUUACGACCAACCCUCCUUCAUCCAUCCAUCCAUCCAGGCUUUCACUCCACGGAUUAUAUAGGAGCCCGUUUAUUUUUUCAAGCCGGUCUUUGGGCUAUGCCGUCGGGGCUGGUGAGGCUGGAGAGAAUCGAGGAAAACCUGCUACCACAGGUGAAAGGAGGCUUUACGACGCUGCGGUAUAGAUGAUUGAACACUAUUGAGCAUUAACUCAACGCAGUCUUCAGGCACAGGCGCGCCGAGCUUCUUUUAAUGAUUUAUUAGACGGAAAUUGAGGUUUACACACUUUGGCACAACUAAAAGGGACGUUUACCAACUUGUGUUUCUGGACGAAUAUGAAAAAUACUGCGUUAUUUCCCAACUGGGAUUGCUAAGGAAGAUGUGACCUUUUCUUUUGCGCACCGGCAAUCCGACUAACCCAAGGAGCAGAUCCCUGCCUUUCCAUCAGUUGCUCGAUCCUGACAUGUCUUUUUGUGGGAUUACACGCGGAGAUAUGAGCAUUGUAAGAGGCCGAGCUGGAUUGUGAGAUUACCACCUUUGCUUUUUAUUCGUCUCGUCAAAAAAGGAAGUGCUCUGUUUGUUCAAUGGCUUCGGUGUCAAGGUUGUCAAGGCGCAAAGAUGCCAGCCGCUGGCCGAGGAUGUCGUCAACUUUCUGGGCUGUGGUGCUUCUGACAGCGCUGCUGGUUCUGUACUGCGGCCAGCUGGCAGCGGGGACAUGUGAGAUUGUGACGCUGGACAGGGACAGCAGCCAACCACGGCGGACCAUCGCCAGGCAGACGGCCCGCUGCGCCUGUAAGAAGGGCCAGAUCGCUGGAACUACAAGAGCCAGACCUGCCUGUGUGGACGCCGGAAUUGUUCGGAAAAAGCAGUGGUGUGAGAUGGUGCCAUGUUUGGAGGACGAAGGCUGUGACCUGUUAGUCAAUAAAUCUGGCUGGACUUGUACACAGCCCGGAGGCCGAGUCAAAACCACCACGGCUCUAUGACGCGACAAGAGUCCCCCUCGACACUCUUGCACUAUGGAGAGCAUUGAUGACCCCUUGACAGACAGCCAAAAACCAUCUACCAACACAACCAACACCACCCUACCACCACCAACAUCACAACAACUCCACCCAAACCCUGGUCCCGCAAAGGCAGGAAGCAACACAAGCAGCUACAGAGCACCAAGGGCCUCAUGGAGGCAGCAAGGUCUCAUAACACAGCCAGAGAUGGGACAACCAGGGAGUGACUGUUUGAGGGAUCAAACUCUCCCAUGGACAUUGAACAAACCACUCGCUGUAAAACACUGUCUGUUUCCUGUGACCGGCUCCUCUGGGUUUGUGACUGCUCCCUCCUGCUAUCUGUCGUUGGGUCAAAAUGUUGCGUUCACCUCCUCUCCACUCUAUCUGCCUGCUCUGUGAAGUUAGCAGUGCCCGCUCAUGCCACGGAGGAUCGGACACCUUAAAAAUCCCAUGAAUGGUUUUUGCCUCAUCAGGAAGUCUCCUGUUUUAAACUGCUAACUGCUUUGAAUAAGGGAUUUCCCACAUCACACCCUAGCCUCUAGAGCAGGAGCUCCGGAGCAAGGAAGGGAUCAUUACAGACCAGACCCUGUUGCUUCUCGGACCACCUCACGAGGCCGUUAAAAACCGAACUGAGCGCGCUCUGCUGUGAAUAGGCCUUCUGCUGGAGUAAAACCUCCCAUAUUUUUAUAGACCAAAGAGCAAAACAACAAAUAAGAUCAUUAUGACGGAGCGGACCAUCUGGCAAAGACACACAGAGACGUUGUGAGCUUGAUGUUUUGUGUCGGCAUCGACUAACGACUGCCCCACCCCCCACAGAGACAAGGUGCACAAGUGGGCCGAUGCAAACCGAACCUCGCGUCUGGUGGCAUAUUUACCGUACACAAUCAAAGGAGUACUUUUAAAACCUUUCCAGACAUUUUUUUCUCAGACUAAGCCCACCACUGUAUUUUGGAACUGGAGAUAUAGGUACUACAUACGUAUAACUGUGUAUCAAAAAAAAAAAAAAAAUCUGAUUUGCAUUUUUCAGUAGCUACGGUUGGGACAGCUUGCAGGAUUGACGUGUUGGUGACGGAUAAGAAGUGCAAAUCAUAUCAAAGAGAUGAUAAAUAUCUACAGAGAGUAUAAAUGCUGUUGAGUCUGAAAAGAAGGAGUAAAGAAAUGUCAUUAAAUGUAUUUUGAAAGGCCCUAAAAAGUUAUAUAUUUAACAGUUUUAUAUGUUGUACCUUUGUAGAGAAGCUUAUUGGACUUAAAAUGUGGUCACAAUGGCAGUUUAGUAGGAUGUGAACAAAUGCUGUUGUUCUCAUUACUGCUGGCUCGUAGUCCCAGGUUUUCUGUUCACACCUCAGUAGCCGCUUUCUUUUCAUGGUCAUCUACAAGUCACUGUCUAUCAGAACCAUAAAUGGAAAAAAAAGGAAAGUGACAAUUUAUUGAGGACUGAUCUGCAGCCAACUGAACAUUGUAAAUCUAUGGUAGUCAGUGGAAGCCAUUGAAAUCUGCUAAUUUGCUAUGAUAUUGUAUUGUACACGGUGUGGAAUACUGACUCAUUUCCUCUC